AUGUCGUCUCUGUGGGGUCGCAAAGACCCAGGGAGCGAAGGACUCUCUAAUCAAGAUGGAGAACACCAAGAUGCGCCAGAGAGAGCCCAAGAGCCUACCGAGCGAACAAGACUUCUCCCUGAACAUAAUGAGGGAUAUUUGAGUCCUGACGAUCCAGCAGUAUCGCCGUACAAUCUAUGGAGUGUCCGCGCUCUGCGCGCCCUCUCAGUCCUAGCAUUAGGACUCAGUUUCGUCUGGUGGACUUUCCUGUUAGUAUCUAUCUUUGUCAGUCCCCCUAUGAUCCAUCCGCGAGGAUCGGGCUUCUUCGCGUUUUCAUACACCACCCUCGCGACUGGAUAUCUAGUCCUGGGACUGCUUUUCUUUGCGGUACCCUCCAAGCCGAUGACCAUCUGGGGUAUCUUUAUUGCUGUACUCCUUCUAGUGAACAUGUUUAUCAUACUGGGCGUGGCGCAGAUCCGCCUGGAAGAAGGCUGGGUCGGGAUUGCCUCGGUCGUUUGGGUCGCUGUCAUCUCUCUUUGGCAGGUUCUUUUGAAUCGGAUCGUUGCCUGGGGGAAGAAAGAAGAGGAGGAACGUCUGACUGGUCGGGAGGAGACUCGUCGCUCAAUUUUGGAGUGGACGGCUGUCGUUGCUGAGACGGUCCUCCUUGCUAUCAUGGCCAUCGCUGUCGUCUUGUUCACGUCGACACUUAUUAUUCGUGCUCGCGACGUUUCCCUUUCUCCACCAGGUGAGCGUUAUCUAGUUCAUGGCGAUUCAUACCAAGUACAUCUUGCCUGUGUUGGAAACAAGACUACCGAUCACGACUUGCCGACAAUCCUCCUUGAAGGUGGCACUGGCCCCGUCGAACAUACACUGCAGCCAUUUAUCGAUGACCUAUACCGCCGGGGCUCUAUUGACCGGUACUGCUACUGGGAUAGACCAGGGUUCGGCUGGUCAGAUAACGCCCCAUCCCCACAUUCAGCAGGGAUGGCGGCAGAUGUGCUAGCAGAGGCGCUGGCUCUCGCCGACGAGACUGGUCCCUGGGUGGUCGUUUCGGCAGGCGUUGGAAGCCUCUAUUCCAGACUCUUUGCGAGUCGCAACCUUCUUGAAGUGCGUGGUAUUUUCAUGAUUGAUCCGCUUCACGAGGACUACCUGGACGAACUCGGCAAGCCAGGCAAGGGCUUUGUGCUCUGGUUCCGUGGUGUUCUGUCCCCACUCGGACUAGACCGACUUGCUGGGGCAUUGAUUCGGGGCCGCACACGCCUGGAUCGCAUUGCUGGCCGUUCGGCAUAUCAGACUGGAAAGUUCAUUAAGGCGAAGCUACAAGAGAGUCUCGUUGCAGUUACUAUGACUGCCGCUGAGGUGCAGUCUGCCCGUCAUGUCCAGAUGGGCCAUGCUCCGGUUGUCGUUGUCAGUUCUGGCCAAGAGGUCCGCAAAGAUUCCCGUUGGGCAGAUCGCCAAGAGGAUCUGUCUCAUAUCACGGAUAAUCUUCAUUCCUGGGACGUGGUCUCCGAUGCGCCACACGAUGUAUGGAUGACUGGCGAAGGGCGGACGGUGAUUGAGAAACGGCUCAAGGAGCUUAUUGAAGCAGGCCAGGCAAUUGGCCAAUGA